UUCUUCUCAUUUAUGAAAGAGAGAGAGACAGCAGUAUAUAUGCUCUCCAAUGGAGUUUCUGAAUCCAAUGUAAAUAUUUUCUGCUGGGCCUCUCAGUGGAGAAGACCAGUGAAACCACGGCAAUUCGUGAGGAAGGUCUGGUCCGAUUUUGAUAUGAAAAGCUAUUCUUCUGAUGGCUGAUUCUACUUGGAGUUCCUAUUUCCCGUGUGGUGCCUUGGGCUUGAGGAACUGGGGUGGCCCUUUCUUCGCCAUUGCAGGCUUCAUUAUCGGGCUAGCGGUAAAGGGGUCUUCAAGACAAUUCGAGUCCCAGGCAAGCCCUACAUCUCAUCCUGACUUCAGGCCAUUUUCGAGUUCAAGCAACACUUUUACUGCCGCCGUGGACCAUUCUCCACUGCUCCAAAUUGUGCCCUGCAGCAAGAUGAACUUCGGAGGGAUCGGACUUGGCAUUGUGAGCUCUUCUGCAGGUGACGCUGAACGAAAUAGCUCUUCGCGACCGAACCAGAUAGUGUUUAGGCCGCAUGUGGAGAGCAUCAGUAUAAAAUGUGAAGAACCCGGGGGAAAGCCCAAAUUCUCACCCGAAAAGUAUAGGAUUCCUUCACAAUUCUUGUACUUGAACGGUCCUUUGAAAGCAUUAUCGCCUAAUGAAGAAAGGAAAGCUAAAGCCCCAUUGGAACAGCCGGAGUGCGAGCUUCCAGAUGCCAGACGUGGGAAAGCAAGAGCCUCAUUGGAGCAGCCACAGUGCGAGCUUCCAGAUGCCAGACAUGGGAAAGCAAAACCCGAGCUUGAUAAAACUGAUUCCUCAUUCUCAUGCUCAAAUGAGAAAAAACUAGAGACUAAGAUAUGCGAGCCCACCUUUUCUGCUAGGGAUAUCAUGCUUUCCGAGUAUUAUACUCGCAUAACUACCCAUGGCCCGAGUCCAAAAACGACUCACAUGUUUGGUGACAUGGUUCUGGAAUGUGACAAAAAGAAAGCUCCAGCUGGUUCUGUUGAGGAUAGCAAGGCCCCGGACCUGGAGGGUUCGGCUGCUGCCGAUGAAUUUCUGAGCCGCUGCUUCUACUGCAGUAAGAAGCUUCGAGAAGAUAAGGACAUAUUCUUCUGCAGAGACAAAGCAUUUUGCAGUUUCCAGUGCCAGUGCAUGGAGAUCCUCAGCUGCGGGUUGGGAGAAAGAUUCGAGCGCUCGUAUCUGGAGAAUCAUGGAUGUAGCUUGCAAGGGGAUCAGUCCCUCUCCUGUUUUCCCUAUUUCCCUUCAUAAGGCCAUCUGAUGAUAAUGCAAAUGGGGGAGUACAGACUGCCGAUUUAGUUUUGCGACGAGGCAUUUUACUUUAUUUUGAUCGGGAGUUUACUUGAUUUAUGUUCGGAUUAUCGCCGAAUGCUAAUCGGGGAAGAAUCGGUUAAGUACCUACCGCUCAUCAGUUUUGCUUGCUUACUCACAGAAGAGCAUGCUGAGCAAAGAUAUUAGAGAGUGAAAUGUACUGCAAACCAACUAUAAAGGCACGAGGAAUAUAUGUGCUGUUUUGGUUAA